AUGUCGGGCGAGGCGUGGUUAUACCUGCUCGCCGUCCUAAUAAAUGCCGUCAACCUCUUCCUGCAAGUCUUCUUCACCAUCAUGUACAGCGAUCUCGAGUGUGACUACAUCAACCCGAUCGACCUCUGCAACCGUCUCAACACCUACAUUGUUCCCGAAGCUGCCGUCCACGCCUUCUUGACAUUCCUCUUCCUUAUCAAUGGAUACUGGUUGGCCAUUCUGUUGAAUUUGCCGCUCCUGGCGUUCAAUGCGAAAAAAAUCAUCGAGAACCAGCAUCUACUUGACGCCACAGAGAUCUUCCGAAAGCUGAAUGAAUCAUUCAUCAAACUUGGUUUCCACUUGAUCAUGUUUUUCUUCUAUCUUUACAGCAUGAUUGUGGCUUUGAUCCGGGAUGAGUCCAACUGA